AUGGUAUUAAACCAAACACCCCGUGUUUUUACCAUUGUGUUUUCAAGUCAUGUAAAACAGCAGGAAAAGGGUUCCAACCACGAGUUCUACCAGCUCCCAUUAAAUCGGUCGAGACCGAAAAAGCGAGAGGUGUGGUACAGAGAAAGGGCAAGAGCACUCAUGGAAGAAGAUAUCUUUGAAGGACUUCCACCUCCUUCUCAUCAACGAGAGAAGGGGCAAGAUCAAUUGGAACUGAAGGGGCACUCGGAACCCUUAACUAACAACAAGGAACCAUCUCCAAUUCCAGUCCUCAAAAGCGCACUCAAGCGACCUAAUCCCGCCGGUUCCAACCCUGAAGCUUCAGCGCCAAAAAAGUCAUUGAGGUUUAAAACAACAACCGAUGCUUCUGAAGCUCAAGUUAUAGAGGCCAUGCAAAAGAUAGCAUCGCAUAUUAAGAGCCCCCCAAAAUUUCGUAAGGCUUCAAAGCUCGCCAUACAAUUGAUUCAGGCAAGAAGCGUGAAGCCUGGAAGUAGUGAUCACUUCUUUGCCUUGCUAGAGGCUGCAAUGUCAUCGCCCACAUCUUGCACAGAUCCUUCAGUGCGAGCUGAUUAUCAUGCAUUAUUCUCAGCCGCACAAGAUGCAGUUGAAUGUUUUGAUAUUAGGCAGAGGAAUUUUUUCUCUACAUGGACAAUUAGGGCUGUUGUUGCAAAUGAUUUACUCACGGAUGACAGCUUUGUGUUCUCAAAAGCAGCUGUUAGAAUUAAAGAUGUCAUAUCCAAUCUUCCAACUGUAACUGAUGAUGACGACAUUGAAGAAGAUAUGACCCUAAAAGAUGAGACAGGGAUAACAGACGGAGUUGGCCAAAAGGAUGACAGAUCUUUGGUCACUCUGGCUGAACAAAAUAACAGGGAUGAAUCUGAUCCAUUUGGGCUUGACGCUUUAAUUCCUAGUGCCAUGAAGAAAAAUAUGAGAGCCAAGGAAAACAAAGACACAUCAGCCAAGACGAGGGAUGAGGAGGAGGAAGAGAAUAAGAGAUUCCUAAAGUCACAGAGAGAAUCAUUGAUUACCUGUUUAGAGAUUGCUGCACAACGUUACAAAAUUCCAUGGUGCCAAACAGUUAUAGACAUCUUGGUGAAACAUGCCUUUGAUAAUGUUGUGAAGUUCACUUCUCCGCAACGGGAUGCCAUUGAAAAACUUUGGGCUUCUGUACGGGAACAGCAAAUGCGGAGAAAGCAAGGAAAAACUGUUACUGGGAAACUCGAUGUGAAUGCAUUUGAACGGCUUCAGCAAAAAUAUGCUAAUGAAAAAAUCAGCAUUAGAAAUGCCGUUGGGGGUGGUGGGGAGCGCCGGGCACAACAAUGGCUUGGUUGAUACCUCGUGGUUUAGAUUGUAAGAACCGACUCUAAAAACAAAUGGAAUUGUUCUGUGAGCGCAAGUGUUUUCAUUGUCAAGUGCAUAAUGUUGAAAGGAUUAUUCAGUUGAACUUUUUGGCUAAUAUUGUUUAAACAGCCAUUAUACCUUGGGUUUAAUGAGUUUACCAGAUGAUGCUAGUCGUGAUCAAGAAAAGGAGAAAAGGCACUUGCUUCUCUUUUGCUUUUGUUCCUCUCUUUUGCGGGACCCAUUGUACAUUUGGAGUGUUA